CUUCUGUUUCCUUAAAUUCUGCAACCACUUCUUAUGAAAAGAAGUUUGGUCAUUCUGUUUUUCUGUAUAAACUUCCCAGCUCAGCUUAUCUUAUUCAAAUCUGUUUCCAGCCCAAAAAAUUCACCCUAACAGCAUUUUCCUGCAUAGAUCGGAGUAGAUAUCGUUAUAGUUUUCAGCAAGUUUAUAAACUUCAAGUUGAUCCCUUCUCUUUCCAGGUAUUUUCUGCUUGUCCUGAAGCUCUCUUGCAGGACAGUACCCAUCUUGCAGCAGCUGCAAGAGGUGCAGCUCUCACUGUCCUACCUUUACCAUGGCUAAAAGCAGCAACAGGCUAAAGAGACAUCACCUUUCCUUCAAAGAUGAGUUCCCAAAAGGGUUGCCACCUGACAAAGAUCUACCUUUCAACUCCUGCCACUGUGGUGAAGGGUAUUCCCUUCAGAGCAGUAAAAAGCUUUGUGAAUGGCAUUAGCAAUUUGGCUAACACCCCUCUUGUGGCUCCAUAUCUGUAUUCAUAUAGAAGUGAUGGGAAUCCUCAGAGCAACUCCACCUAUUUCAACCGGGGCAAUAUUGAUGUGACACAGAAUCCCAAGUGCAUGGAUCCGUGCUGUGGGGAAGUGACAAAGUGCACGACUUCAUGUGCAGACCCAAGCUGCUGCAAAGGGAUCAAGGGCAUCACUAAAUGUGAGGAUUCAUGCUCAGAAGAAGUGUCCAAGGACAACACUGUUUACUUGAACCUGGGCAAUAUUGAUGUAUCACAGACUCCCAGGUGUGCGGAUCCCUGCAGUGAGGAAGCAACCAUGUGCACCACCUCAUGUGUGGACCCAAGCUGCUGUGAAGGGAUCAAGGGCAUCGCUACGUGCGAAGAUUCGUGCUGUGAAGGAGUGACCAAGGGCACUAUCAUUUAUCUGAACCCAGGUGAUCUUGAUGUGAUGCAGAACCCCAGGUGUGAGGAUCUGUGCUCUGAAGAAGUCACCAAGUGCACUACAAUUUACUUGAACUUGGGUAAUAUUGAUAGGACACAGUGCGCGUUUCCAUACUGUGUGGAAGUGAUCAGGUACUCCAAUGCAUGUGGGGACCAAUGCUUCUGGAAAGUGACCGAGGGCAGCAGCAGAUGUGAGGAUUUGUUCUGUGAAGAUGUGACCAAGGGCGAUACCAUUUACUUGAACCUGGGCAAUAUUGAUGGGUCCCAGACUCCCAGGUGUGCUGAUACAUGCCACAAGGAAGUGACCAAGUGCAACACCAUUUUCUUGAACGUGGGUAAUAUUUGUUUGACACCGACUUCUCAGUGCAUGGACUGGUGCUGUGAAGAAGUGACCAAGGGCAACACCAUUUAUGUGAACUUAGGCAGUAUUGACAAUAUGGACUUGACACAGAAUCCAAGGUGCAUGGGUAUCUGCUGUGGAGGUGAGACCAAGGGCAACACCAUUUACUUGAACCUGGGUAAUAUUUGUGUGACACCGACUCUCAAGAGCACAGAUCAGUGCAGUGAAAAAGUGACCAAGGGCAACACCAUUUUCUUGAACCUGGGUAAUACUGAUGUGUCUCAGAAUCCCAGGAGGACUGAUCAGUGCUGUGGAGGUGUGACCAAUGGCAACACCAUUUUCUUGAACCUGGGUAACAUUGGUGUCUGA